AUGCACACCGCCAUCUUGCCCGCCCCUCCCGCCGGUCACGUGCGGCGCGCGCGCCGGUCACGUGCGGCGGUCACGCGGCGCGCGGGCCCGGUUGCCAUGGCGAGCGCGGCGCUGGGGCCGCUGUGCCUCUGCUGGGUGCUGGGCCCCGCCGCCGCCGCCGCCCCCAACAUCCUCCUCCUCCUCAUGGACGACAUGGGCUGGGGGGAUUUGGGAGCUUUCGGAGAGCCUUCUAAGGAAACUCCUAACCUAGACCAGAUGGCUGCAGAAGGGAUGCUUUUCCUGGAUUUUUAUACUGCCAACCCCCUCUGCUCUCCCUCAAGAGCAGCACUGCUGACAGGUCGGCUCCCAGUCAGGAAUGGCUUUUACACAACGAAUGGACAUGCCAGGAACGCCUACACACCACAGGAUAUAGUAGGAGGAAUCCCAGAUUCUGAGUUACUGCUUCCAGAGCUCCUGAAGAAAGCUGGUUACAUCAAUAAGAUCAUUGGCAAAUGGCACUUGGGGCACCGGCCCCAGUUCCACCCCCUGAAACAUGGCUUUGAUGAGUGGUUUGGAUCCCCAAACUGCCAUUUUGGGCCCUACGACAGCAGAGAGCGCCCCAACAUCCCCGUGUACAGGGACUGGGAGAUGGUUGGCAGAUACUAUGAGGAUUUCAAAAUUGAUCUGAAGACAGGUGAAGCCAACUUGACUCAGCUCUACCUGCAGGAAGCUCUGGAUUUUAUUAGCAAGCAGCAGGCCAGCCAGCAGCCAUUCUUUUUAUACUGGGCAAUUGAUGCUACCCACGCUCCUGUUUAUGCCUCCAAACAGUUCCUGGGCACGAGUCAGAGAGGGCUGUAUGGGGAUGCUGUGAGAGAAAUUGAUGACAGCGUUGGGAAAAUCCUGAACCACCUCCAGCAGCUGGGGAUCAGUGAGAACACCUUCGUGUUUUUCACCUCUGAUAACGGGGCUGCUCUCAUUUCAGCUCCCAAACAAGGAGGAAGCAAUGGGCCUUUCCUGUGUGGCAAACAAACCACCUUCGAGGGUGGCAUGAGGGAGCCGGCGAUUGCCUGGUGGCCCGGCCACAUCCCUGCAGGAGGGGUCAGCCAUCAGCUGGGCAGUGUGAUGGAUCUGUUCAGCACCAGCCUCUCCCUGGCGGGUCUGCAGCCUCCCAGUGACAGACAGAUUGAUGGCAUCGACCUUUUACCUGUCAUCCUGCAGGGCAAGCUAAUUGACAGGCCCAUUUUCUAUUAUCGUGGCAACGAGCUGAUGGCAGUGAGAGCUGGGCUUUACAAAGCUCACUACUGGACCUGGAGCAACUCCUGGGAGGAGCACAGCAAGGGCAUUGAUUUCUGUCCUGGCCAGAGUGUGUCUGGAGUGACAACGCACACCCAGGAGGAGCACACCUACCUGCCACUGCUCUUCCACCUGGGCAGGGACCCUGGUGAGAAGUUCCCAUUGAGUUUUGCCAGUGAGGAAUACCAGCAGGCCGUGGAGCGCAUCUCGGGGCUGGUGCAGCAGCACAGGGCCACCCUGGUGCCAGGCCAGCCCCAGCUGAACGUGUGUGACCAGGCUGUCAUGAAUUGGUCCCCUCCAGGCUGUGAGAAGCUUGGGAAGUGCCUGAAAGCGCCAGAGUCUGAUCCUAAGAAAUGCUCUUGGCCUCACUGAUGGCUGCAGCCCUCCAGGACUACCCAGAGAGCCCGAGGCAGCUGGACAUCCAGUUUCCAAAGCACUUCUGCUCCUGUUGGCACUCCUGUUUACACAGGAAGGGUGUGAUGUGUGCAUGAUAUCAUCACUUGCCCUUCCAAAGGGCCAGUGUUUAUAUUCCUCAUGCUCAGGGUUUCGCCUCCACUCCUCUCUUCUCCCAGUUGCUUCCCUAAAUGGUAACUCCAGUGAGGAUUGUUUCAGCUGGAAAAGCUCUCUGCACAGCCACGACUCUGCCAUCAGCUCCGAAAUGCCAUGGAUCACUCCUGCUCCUUCCACCCAACCUUGCUCACUCGGGUGCCCCAACAGGAGCCAUGGGACGGGUCAGGAAGCUCGGAGCUGCCAGAGAGCCCUGCCCAAAGUGCCCGUGUUUUGUUUGCCUGUAACUUGUUGUUUUAACAUUUGAUUUCCAUUGUGAA